UAUGUUAUCAUUGAUUUCACCUUUUAGAUAAUUGUGUCCAAUAGUUUGUUUAAAUGCAAUCUUGUAACCUGAAUUUACCGAAUGCGCCUUGAAUUGGGAAAGAAUAAGUAAUUAAUUUUGUAUUUCGUGAUGAACAGACAAUUUGAUCACCUCUAAAAUGUGAGCAUUUUAUCGUGUAACAAAUAUCCACUAAGUUUAGGUUUCAAGGGAUUUCAAUUUCUUACUAAAUAUCAAACAGGAUUGUAUACAGUUCUGCUCUCAUCUUGAUCGCAGAAAAUAUGAGCCAGUCAAAUGAAGUGAAUGAAAUACUUCUGGGCACAAAUUAUCUAUCAUUAAAACCUAAAUCGACAAACGGGUUUAUCAAUAAAAGGUCAUGGCGUAAUUACAGCGAGAAGUUACGCCGAGAUAAACUAAAUUGUUAUUUUGAGGAACUUGCUAAAUGCGUCCCUCUUGUAGCGAAUUCUCCACAACGCCUGAACAAGACUAGUAUAUUGCGACUAUCGUUAAGCUAUUUAAAAUUUCUUCUUGGUUUGAAAAGAAAAGGUUUAUUACCUAAAGAGAAAUGUAAAACUGAACUGUUACAGCCUGGUAAUGUAGAAGAGUUGAUUGGUGGGUUUUUACUGGUCAUCACUGAAACUGGAAACCUCAUUUACACUUCCAAAUACAUCAAGCGAUACCUGGGAUAUAACCAGAUUGAUGUCAUUGGUCAAUCGAUGUAUAACUUAAUUCAUCCAGAUGAUAACCAAGUAUUCUCGGAACAAUUCCGCAUAACUGAUGUAAAAGAUAUAGCUCACCUACAAACCCACAAAGAGUUUACGAUUCGAUUGAACAAGAAAAAUAAGUUCCAUCCAACAUCAUACGAAACAUUUCAUGCCAUGGGUCAAAUUAAAUAUUGUAAAACUGAAAGGAAAAUCGAAAUGAAAGAGGAGACUUGGCUCAUUGCCAUUCUUAAACCCGUCCUUCAACCUCUUUAUAAGGAAAUAUCUAUAUUUGCUGAGACAACGCAGAUUCAAUACAUUAGCAGACACGACUUCAAUGGCAGAUUUCUUGAUAUUACAUUAAGUUCUUUUGCAAAUGACGAAAUAUGCUCACCUUCAGACGAAUGGUUUCUUCAGCUGACUGGUUUCAACAUAAAAGACGUUCUCGGAAAAUCGGCGUAUCUGUUCGUUCAUGGAGGAGACAUGGAGUAUGUUGCUAAAGCUCACAAAGAAAUGGUUGAAAAAAAUAUUGUCAUCGAAAUUGUAUUUCGGAGCACAACUAAAAGCCAAGGGAUUUAUUUCACUAGUAGCAGGACAUUUGUUAUACGAGACAACUGGACAGAAAAACCGAAAAUGAUUAUUGCUGUGAAUCACGUCAUCAGCGAGAAACAAGGAAAAUCCAUGCUGAUUAAUCAAAUAAAAGGUUUACAGAGUACCUUGCCUAUGAAUACGGAAAAUUAUCUACAGGAAUUAUACCAAGUCGGAAUUUGUACAUAAAUAUAUCAAGAUUCAAAUUUCUAACAAGGGAAAGGAUCAUUAUUCAAUAUAUUUGAUGCCAAUGGAACUAUGAGAAUCUCGUAUACAUUAAGGAUAUCCUGCUUCAAGCCAUUCUUUACCAAAGGCUUGUGAAAACUAAAAUUCUUAGAUUCGUUAUAUUUUUUUAAAAGAAGUAAAAUAUAAAGAUGGGUGAAGCCGUGUGGUAAGUAGCUUGCUUCCCAACUACAUGAUUCCGGGUUCGAUUUCACUGCGUAGCACCUUGAG